CAUUUGUGCACCCUUACUGUGAUAGCCGUGUGCUACAAAGUGAGCAAUCCAUCCAAAGAAGAUGGUGGGCCAUGAGUGCGAUGCCCAAAGUCGGAUUAGCAGCAGCAGGCCCUGCAAAGAGCAAGCCGCGUGGAUCCAGGGAAAAGGCAGAGCAGAAUGCCGAUGCCGAUGCCCCCAUCGGAAAGUUCAACCCAUCGCAGUACUACGAGGAGAUUCGCCACUUGGGCUCCGGUGCCUUUGGGGCUGCGGUCCUCGUCCGGCGGUUGAAGGAUGGCCGUCGUUUGGUGGCCAAGAAGUGCUCGGUGAAGGACAUGGAGGAGAAACAGCGCCGCAUGUGCUUUGAAGAAAUUGCACUCUUGCAGAAGGUGCGGCAUGAAUGUGUGGCGCAGCUGGUGGACUUUGUGUGGGCUUCGAAGGACAUGCUUAGUUAUUGGAUCGUCCUGAAGUUCUAUCCUGGUGGCGAUGUCCAAAGUGAGAUCGACACAUGCCGUGAGAACCAGUUGGAGCUACCAAUCGGAAAGGUGAAGAACUGGGUCACGCAGCUGUGCAUGGCCUUGAAGCACGUUCAUAAGCUGCGGAUCGUGCAUCGAGAUGUCAAAGGCAGCAACAUGUUUAUCUCCGGAGCGCGCAACAUCGUUUUGGGCGACUUCGGUGUCAGCAAACAGCUGACCGAAUCGGAGCAAAAAGCCAUGACAUCAGUGGGAAGCCCGAUGUACAUGGCGCCGGAGUGGUGGGAUGGCCGCGGCGGCACGGCAAACUCUGAUAUGUGGAGCGUUGGAGUGGUCCUCUUUGAGCUCAUGGCAUUGCACAGGCCAUUCGAAGCGCAGAAUGUCCUGUCCUUGGUCCACAAGAUCACCACAGAAGAGCCUGCAGCGUUGCCAGAAGAUGCGGAUCCGCAACUCUCUAGUCUUGCCAUGCAGCUGUUGGACAAAAGACCUGAGCGUCGACCAAGUGCUGCCGAAGUGCUUCAAGCGAAAGGCUUGGAGGAUGCGGAAAAGAUUCUUCAGAUCUACCGCGAAGCAUUGGAAAAGAAAUCGGAUCGACACCAGCGGAGGCUUGCCAGGGAGGAGGAUGCUGCGGCUGGCAAACGGCCCCGACGCUUCAGCCGGUCAAGCAGCAUGAGCAGCGAAUGUGAGAGCAGUGGGAAUGCCGCAGGAUUUCGGGGCAUCAACCUGGUUGACAUUGCCAGAAGGCAGGCUGGUGUGGUACCCAAAUUCCAGGAGGAAGGAGCCUCUGAAGAUGAGGAGGACGAGGAAUCCUCCGAAUGGGAUGAAGACGAGGAGGAGGAGGAAGCAGCCGAGUCUGAAUCGGCCCUGUCUUCGGAGAUGGACUCCUGGCAUGGGGCUGCUGUAGAAGAUCCAGAAUGUCUUGGGGAAGUUCUGGCAGGCAGCGCCUUUGGAGAGGCGGAUUCUCUUGGGAAUCUGUUGGAGAAAACCCCCAAGGAGAAGUCUGAAGUGACCUUAGUGCCAGCAUCCGUUGACCAGGACAUACCAGCCAGACGAACUAGUCCAAGCGACACUCUGACGUUUACCUCGUCUGAGCAAAGCACUUUGGACAAGGAAACGAACUUCUCAAUCACACAAAGCCAGCUGGUGACACGACAGGCCAUAGAAAAGACAAGGUUUCCAGAUGCGAAGCAGGUGCCUGCUUCCGCGAAGGCUGAGGCGGCAGUCGAAGUGACCAGCUUCCCUGCAAAGCCGCAGGUCUCGGUUCCUGAGAUCACAGUUGUGCCAGAGAUCACAACGUGUCCCACAGCCAAGGCCAAGUCCCAGCCUGAGCCAAGGCCCACGCUGACAACAUCUUCAGGCUCAGACUCAUGGGCUGACGCACGAGCUUUUCAGACGGCUGGGCUGGAAGGCGAAGAUGCGAUGAGCGCCGCCAACAGCAAGACGCUGCAAGUGCGGCACCAAAAGAAAGAGAAAGAAGAAACAAGUGCAGCAAUCGCAGUGGACAGCGAUGAGGAAGAUUCCCAGGAGGAGGAGGAAGAAGAGGAAGAGGAGAAGACUGAAGAUGAAGAGGACGAGGAGGAGGAGGAUCAUGAAAUUGAAGAGGAAGUUGAAGUCCAGGAUGAGGCAGCAGAGUCACCGGAGGAGGACCAGGAGGAUGAGCACAUUGAAGAAGCCAUUGACAUGGACAAAACGAGAAAUCCAGCCGACGUAGCUCCAAAUGAGCUAAGAGCGACUCAGGCUUCAGGCGGCUGUCGCAGCCAGCCGACCUUCAGCGUUGCUCCACCUUUGGAGGAUGGCGAGGAAUCACCACGUCAAACAGGUACUGCGAGAGUAUCCUCCACUGGCUGGCAGGUGGCAGGAGAUGGUGUCCGACCACGUUCUAUCUCCGAGGACGUGGACUCGUAUUUCCGAUCAAGUUGCACAAGGACCCUUCACAGAUUCAGCGCUGGAGACGAGAGUUGUUCCCUGGAGUUGGAACCUGUGCUGCAGAGGACAACUUUCAGGUCAUCUCGAAGUGAAGGCCUCACUGCCGACAGCACUGGCAGUUGGGUGCGCAGGACGACACUGGCCGCUAUGUCAGGCGCUUUGCACACAAGGCCGGAUCAGGCACAGGUGAUGGACUUUCACGCGCCGCCGCGGGAAGUGAAGUCAAGAGAAGCAAAGCAGGCAGUCUUAGCCACUGCGGCUUAUCCUUCCACCGACGGCGAUGUCCUUCAGCCUGGUGCACCGGAUUCGCCUGGCUCAUCCGUCCGCUUGGCGUUCAGAGGCGCACAUCGGCUCCAGGGAGGCCGUCGCUGUGUCACGCUCUACGAGUCCGGACGUGAACGGGAGGUGGCGGUGAGAUCUCAGAGUUUGGGCAGUGCACCACGUGAUACAUCCAGAGUGCUGGGCUUGAACAAUGAAGCAAUCUCCUUGACAAUCCGACCGCAAACCACAGACUCGCCGAGGGGUUCACUGCAGGUCUCACAAGGAAACUUGGGCGCUGCGCACGGGGCAAAAGUCUUACAGCCGCUCUUGCAGUCUUCCACCAAGUCUUUGAAAUCACCUGGCGACGUGCUGGGCAAUCCACGGGUGGAAAAGCCUUCGGUUCCAGCCUCUUCCUGCAGAUCUGCCAGUGAGCGGGAGCUGCGGAGCAAGCCACCAAGCGGGCUGAGCAGACUUGGCACCAGAAAAGUUUGCUUGUGAAGGUGCAGCUGGCACCAAGGACAUCUAAAUCUAUAAGUGGGGAAAUAUUGAGCUUUUGUACCGAAUCCUACUAGGAACAAAAAGCUACUAGGGGCUCCUGGCCUUACUACUAGGAGCAAGGACGCUACGACGGGGCUCCUGGCACCGCUACUAGGAGCAAACCGAGUUGUUGGAUGUUUUUUGGUAAGGAAUCAUCAAAACGCCUACAAAGGAGACCCAUGUCGUCGAAAGGCAGCCCAUGUCGUCGAUCUCAGCCACUCACUGGUUGGACCACGGUGCCCAGGCGACGGUGGCACUUUUGGUUUGUUUUUCUGCAGUGCUUUUUGCUGUUUCCUUCGCCACUGGGGAGACCGUUUGAGCGAUAUUACCAUUUGCCUGAUAUUCACUGGAUUUUUUGCACGGUUUUUUUCUCUUCACUUUUCAGUGGCGGCGUCAACUCAUGGUUAGCUGCAGAGUUUCUUCGGGCGGGGGGGCGCAAUUUGCAACAUCAUCAUUGUAAACGGUUGACGUAUACAACAACAGUUCGCCCACGC